CGCGGGAAAUGGCAGCGUUUUUGCAGGAGAAAGCGGAGCGGAUUGCUUCAUGGCUAAAGAAAACGUUUGAAAAUCAGCUGGUGUCACAACUUGAAGUGAACGUGGAGAUCGUUGAUCUCUUGCAUAUGUUUUUGGAAUACAGUGAAGAAAGAGAGAGAAAUGUUUCGUUUCUGAUAGAAGACAUGAAGCAAGUGGCAGCAGAAUAUGAUGCAGAUGCUGAAUAUUUGCAGAGCCUUCUCGUAGAAAGCCUUGAUCUUUCACCAUCCCAACUGUCCAAAGAAGGCGGUGCCCACCUUAAAACUCUGGUAGACAGUGCAAUGAUACUUGAAACAAAGGACACUUCUUUUACCAGCUUCUUCUGUACCAUCAGUGAUAGGAGUUUGGAACUGCAUGCAGCAGAAUCAGAAAACAAAGAAAUGGAACAGGAAUUGCUCAUCUUUAAGAAAAAACUGGCUGUUAAACUGUUGCUGGAAGAGCGGUUAGAGAAGAAUCUUGACAAAGUAAAGUCACGUCUUCAGACUGAAGGAUCCAAAACUAAGAGCCGAUUUCUGAACCUGAAGUUCCUGAAAGACAAAUGUGAAGAUUUAAGAAUUAGGAUUAAGACUGUUGUGAAGCAGCUUGCUGCCAACGGGAUAAACCAGUCAUUGAUUCAUGAGUCAUUACUGGGCAUGUAUGAGAAACUGUUUGUAAUGCAGGAAGAAAUGGAGUAUCUGAAGAAGGAUCUUAAGUGCUACAUUGAUCUACCUCCUAGUCUUUCCCUUGCACGAGUGAAGGUUGAAGAAACAAAACGACAACUGAGUGCCUUGGAGGUAGACCUCUCAAAGACUGUUGAAAUGCUGACUCAAGAUAUGCUGGAAACCAGAAGACUCUAGUUCACCUGAAGUAUCCUGAAUAGAAGAUUUCCUUCUUGUUGAUUUAUCUGCACUAAUGAAAAAUUUUGUACUUAGUAUAUUCUGCAGCUUUCUGCCUUACGCUUAUCAUGGUUGGAAUGGCAUGCUUGUGACCUUUCAGCAAGCAAGCUCUUUUCUUUAGUGGUUCAUGUUGCAGUGCAUUUGUAAAUGUCAGCUAUUUUUCCAAUAAAAUUAUUUCUUCCCAAA